CAGCCCAAACCACAGACUGAGCGAUGGCCAAGAAGAAGGGGAAGAAGGGCAAGAAGGGAAAGGCGAAGGUCAGUUGCAAGCUGCCCAUCACCGAUGCCAUGCUGCAGGCGCCCCAGACGCCUCCGCCAGCGAUAGAUGACUGCGAUGACUGCUGUCAGUGCGAGUGCGUGUACGAUUGUGACUGCAGUCCGGAGAUUGCCCCGUGCUUCCUGCAACCGCGUCGCCCCGAUCCGGGACCCGAGGCCUACGACGAGUUCGAGGCCUGCCUCAACGGCAGCGGCCUGACCAUCCGCGUCCUCAAGGACACCCACAAGGUGGAGGCCGUCGACGAUGGCAGCAACUUCAAUCCCGAUCUGGGGGCCGACGAUGAUCCCUGCUACCGCAACAGCCUCGACGACUGCGAGCCGGCGAAAGAUCCCUGUCUGCACGAUCUCAUGCAGCGCAGCACCUUUGCCCGGAACCACAUCAAGCGCCGCGUCGGCGGGAAGAUCAUCAAUCAUCCCAAGAUCCCGAAGGUGCGCGCGAACAUCAAGUAUUCGGGGAACGAGGCCUGCGAGACGGACAACUACUAUGUGCCGUUCUCGAAGAUUAAGGAGGCCUGCGACUUCCAGGAGGACCGCAAGGAGUGCUAUCGCCAGCGCCUCUGCGGCGGAGGGCCGCCCCUGGUGCCCGCCUGUCCGCCCGCACAGAACCAACGGAGCUGCUGCAUGCAGGUGGACCACAAGGACAUUCAGCAGACAAUGAAGGGCGUGAAUAUGGACACCAAGAAGAAGGGCAUCGAGGUGUGCUACAAGACCUGCGACGAGACCGACAGCGAUGUGUUCCUCGUGAAGCUCGGCAGCAAAGGCAAGUCGCGCCACAAGAAGAACGUCAUCGAGAUUGAGCUGCGCACACCGAAGCAGCCAGUGAUCCUGCCCAGCAGCAAGGUCACCGCCGAGACCUAUGUCACCGAGGACCUCCUGAAUGCUGGCAAGAAGGGGAAGGGCAAAAAGGGCAAAAAGGGCAAGGGGAAAAAGAAGAAGAAGUAAUCCACCUCCUCCUCCGCCCCGCCACGCGUCGCAACCCAACCACCGGACA